ACAAUGACCACUUAUCAACCGAAACGUUAAUUUUUGUGGUGAGCAGGUCGCUCCUCUAAUGGAGGCUGCAUGCCUUGGUUAUGCCUGGUGUGGCAAGCUCUUUUGCGCUUGACUCAUUCCAUCGCUGCAAUGCCACAAUUGGCGUCAGCGUCUAUGAUUCUCCACGGGCGGAAACAGGCCGCUUCGAUGCUGAUUUGCCGAGAAAAGGGGCGUCGCAGUCCAGCAGUAUCCGCGAGCGGAGUGAUCCUGGCGCUGGGCAUUGCAGCCAAAAAAUUGCCAAAAGAAAGUGACGCUCACUUUAUCUUUUGCUGCUGAGACGCGCGGCUUGCCGUCCAGAGACUUCCGAGAACAUGAAGACCAUCUCGGCGCACGUCACGGGCUUUUACCGCUCCUCUUUCCACGCGUACACGACCGAGGUGAAUGUGGAUGGUCACCGCUGGCGCCUCGGGCUGCGUUACAGCAAGUUCCACGAGUUUUACGGCGAGCUUGUGGCCAAAGACUCGGAUUUCCACGCCGACUUCCCUCCCAAGGGCACGCUCUUCUUCACCCCCAAGCCCGAGGAACGGCAAGAGCAACUCGACGUCUUCCUGCAGCAAGUACUCGCCUACUACGCCGCUAAGGGCCACCCCGCUGAGAUCGAGGACUUGCUGUGCGAUCUGCUCAAAGUUCCGCGUCAUCUCAAGUCCCCCGAGCACGAGGACGACGAUGUCUCCACCAGCACCGAGAGCGUCCUAGACGAGCCGAUGCAUGAACCGCCGUCGCCUGAGAGUGUUGUCUCUGUCGAGGCAGUAGAUCGCAAGGAGGAGAUGCCUCAGGUCGCUGAGACCAAGGUGACAGAACAAGCACCAGUCCAGGAAGCCAUGCUGGAACCUCAAGUCGCGAAGGAAGAGGUCGUUGCUACCCCUGAGCCGAUGCAACCAGCUAACCCUGUAGCUGAGGAGCCCCGCCCAGUAGAGAAAACUGAGGCUCCAAUUGCCCACGAACAAGCAAAAGCUCAAGUGGAGACGCCCGCGCCAGCGGAGAAGACCGAACUUGUGAAGGAGAUGGUUGAAAAGGAGAUCAAUGACGUCGAGAAGGUAAAAGAAAAAACAAAGCCCAUUGCAGCACAGAUCCCAGUUGAAAAACCGGUCGUGGAGACCAAGACAGCAGCCGACGAGGAGACUAUUGUUGCUGCGGUGGAGCCGAAGAUGGCUUCGUCUGAGGAGCAGCCGGUUGCUGAGCCCAUUGAACGCGAGUCUGCACCACCAAAACCGCAGGAUGCUGAGAAGCCAGCAACCUGCGAGAGAACCCCACCAAACGACAAGGUGGAGUACAAAGAGCUCGCAACCAGUGGACGUGUAUCGUCUUGGAUCGCCGCGUGCUUACCCAAGUCUCUACUCGGAUUUAUCCGACGCCGCUGCAUGAAGAAGACGAACCUGGUAGUGCUCUGCGUCGCGCUGCUGCUACCGAUGGUGCUUGCCCGCAGAUAAGUAAGUUGAGCGUUGGCAUAUCGGGUGUACGAGCCCAGUAAAAUACAACUUGUUGUUUAGUAGUCGAAGACGGCAAGUAGUGUGUUUAAGUUCCGUCGGGUGACGCAAGAAACUACGUGCGUUACUUGAGUUCGCGAUCCAUUCGCUGGUACCAGUAUUAAUAUCAGCAUGAUUUGGCUUUACGCAGACAAACACCACGAG